CUCGUGAUCUGGUGCGGAUGCAUGAACGAGCGUCCUCAGCUAGGUGGCUUCAAUAAAACUAAUGCGGUCACAUCAAUAUCAAAGACUGUCAAAAUUUUUUGUUUUGCGGACUUAUUUACCGUUACAGAUUUCUCACAAAAGUUCGUGCAAACUUUCUCUUGGUCAAAAUAACAAAGAUAUGGGCUCCUUACCAGAGACAAUAGUAAGGACACAUCCUUCAGAGCCUUUCAAAAGAGCUCGAUGUUUACUUGAACUCCGUAGGCCCUGAAGUUAAUGGACUCAAAUGUUACUUUAUGAUUACUUCUGCUACAACUUACUGACUUGUGUUACCCUUCAGUUUGAAACUGAGCAUAGCGUAGACGGUACGUUUCUAUAACCAGAAAUGCUCUCUUACUAUUCAGACUCAGAACCCAAGUAACAAAUAGUACACUAACUCAACUAAACAUAGUUUGUCAUUUGAAGCUGUAACAGAGUUGUGGGGAGGGGGUUUCGAGAAGUCAGGGUGCAGUUCACGCUACCAACUUCUACUUUUGAUUAUCAGAUUGUCUAAUUAUCAUUUUUAGUUGUUUUUGAUUGCUUCUAUUACUAGACGUAAGUGCAUUAUAUGUACCUACUGAGUCUUUUUGGUCUACUCUUCUUCACGUCCUCUCAUCCAGAUUCUCAUACUGCUCCUCACACUCCCCAAUUUCAAUACGUACCCUCAGACUAGUCAAAAACCUGUCAAGGACUGAACAUAACAGUUGUUUGCAAUGAUGUAUUGGCGGCGUACUUACAAGGGAAAGCUGAGUCGUAGUACCAUUUUAUGUAAUGAACAAAAUUCAGCCACUUUCAAUGGGCCAGCAGCUAUGGUUAGGAAUUAGCAUUAAGGAACACUUUGUAGGGAUGUGGGUUUCGUUUCAAAUCUCAAAAGCAUUUGUCACCCUGGAAAAAUCAGGUCUAAGGUUAUAUUCAUUUCAUUCACUAAUAAAUUCAGUCCUGAGAACUUGUUCCCUAGACAUUAUCUAGCUUUAAUUUUGCAGGAUAAUUUUAAGUCACUUACUUUUGUUUCCUUAUUGUGGUCCUAUCAUUUUGACCUGAUAAAUCACAUAGUUAUGAAGAAAACGUCACAUUUUUGUACGUAUAUGCUUCUCUUGAAUAAGUCUUAAGACGAAACUAGUACCAUUAAUCUGUGAUCCUCUGAUUCAUAGUCAUGUCAUUUCAAAUGUCUAAUUCCUGCUCCUAUCACAGAAUGCGCCUUUUUCUGAAUGUAAAACUUGCGUAUGGGUAAUAUUAAUUGACGUUUGCAUAAUGUUACUCAACACAAAUUUAUAGAAAAAGAGCACGUUUGAAGACCAGGAAAUCUCCACACUUCUCCAAGUGUAUGAGUUGGUCAUUGCAUAAUGCCACAUAUUCGUUGUAAAUUUGAACAGGAUACCUAAACAGCUAUAUUAAACAGACUUACACCUAUCAUCUUUGGUGGAGGGGCAUAGGGCACCCACCAGGAUUCUCUAUUGAACUCUGUCCUGGGCAGUCCUUUUGAUUUCCUAGUUUCUGUUCAUUCUUCUGGUGUCUGCAUCUUUUCCCUUUACCUUGAAGAUUCCGAGUUACAGCUUGACUUGUGAUGCAGUUUGGUGAUGUCCUUAGUGUGAUCUAUCCGUCUUCAGCAUCUUUUUCUAAUUCCUUUCUCAGCUAUAAACUGGUUUCUUCUAUACCAGAAUACUGAUGGUGUCUGGCCAACAGAUCUGGUGUAUCUUGCAUAGACAACUAUUGGUAAAUACCUGUACCAUUUUGAUGAUGGUUGUGUAGUUGCUAUACAAGUUUCAGCCCCGUACAGCAAAACUGUCUUGACAUUUGUAUUGAAGAUUCUGACUUUGAUGUUGGCUGAUAGUUGUUUUUAGUUCCAGAUGUUCUUUACCUGUAGGAAUGGUGCACAUUUCCUUAAUCGGACUUGAGAACUGCAGUAAUCCUGGGAUAUUAUUAAUUUAUUCAAACACAAACAUUGGUACAAGGAGGCACCAAAUACAUAUGCGCCACAUAAUUCAUUAGAUUUGUGUGAGGGCUGGGAUACUGCCCGUGUUCCCGAACCGAAGCAGGCGGUUUUCUUACGGGGCCACACCAGGAGCAUUUGAGCUAAAGGUCAGAUCCACAAGACAGUGAAGCGACGUCAGCAGAUGCAGUCCCAUGGUAGCCGGUAACCAACUAUUGUUUCAUACGCCGUUUGUUGCCUUAACACCGUGGGGUCUAUGUGCACCAUUGGUUUAGAAAUAGAGUUUUCCGACUCCCCUAGGUGGAUUCUCCGUGUCCACCGGCCCGGUUAGAGCGCCGGACAUCCGCUUUUCGUUCUCUCAAUUUCGUAAACAGCACCCUCACCGUGAGAUGGCAGUAAGUAGGACUUCUCUGGCAGUGAUUGUAUGCACGUGGCCAUGUGAUAGCAUUUCGAGGAGAUCUGACUCUCCCCACUCUCGGCCGUACCAGGACAUUUGGGGGUCUAGGAUAACUGCAGGUGGAUUUAUAAUAAACAGACAGCUAAGUUACAUUAUGAAAAAAUGUCCCGAUGUAACCUUUUGACCUCACGUAUCACAGUUGUCCAAAGUCUGUUCGUUCCGACUAUGAUGUUUACCACAAAGUCUUUAUUGAAUAUAUCCCGUUACAUGACUGAUAAUAAAUUAAAUGCUUAAAUCUUUUCGUUUGUGAACGUAAUAAAAAUCUUGUCAUUGACGAGAAAUUUCAAAAGUUCCUAGGUAGAGUUACUGCAUACUACAAGUUUCUUUUUGAUUUCAUUGUUUUUAAGUAAUAUAUGUAUUCGUUAUUAUAUUGAAAAAAUUUUGCUUUUUGUAUUCACAACUACUUGUUUCGGUACACUUUAGCUGAUAUUAAGUCCACUGACAAAUAACACAAAACUUAUACUAUCACAGAAAUGAAUAGGAUAAUUCUGAGUCACCAUAACAUUACUUUACAUUCAUCACGUCAUACCCUAACUAAAAUAUCAAGAAGUUAUCAGUUUGGUAGGAACUCAAGAAGCAGUGGUUUCAGCCAGCCACCAGGUUAUAUUCCGCCACAUAUCUGGAUGAAAUCGAGACCAGAAAGGGAAGAUUUGAAAACAUCCGUAUUCGGUGUUGAUGAAAAAAAGCCUACUGUGGAUGAAAAAAGUUACUUAUCACAUGCCGCUCAUGCCUCCCUAUCCGGUUUUCCUGUUACAGAGAACUUUUCUUAUGAAAUUGUUAAUAAUGUAAGUUAAUCAUAAGUUUCGUAUAAUUUACCGAACAAGUCCACUAUUUUGUGUUACAACCAUCUCUCUGUACUUCGACAGUUUCACAGUUUAAACACCUAUUUCUACAUCCAAAAAUGUUACUACCAUAUUUUACAUUUCAGUAACAGAUUAGCUUUUUUUAUCUGCAAACAAAUCGGCAAGUGAUUGCUACGUUGCAAAGGGCUGUUUGAAUUUUUUCAGAUAAUAAAAAGCAACCUCUCCUAGACUAACAAAUACAUCAACCGAGGCUUGCACAGAAGACCAUUGGUUUACACUCCUACGUUUCAGAACGCUGAAAGAACAAGUAAUAAACCGAGAAAAAGAAACUAAGUAUAAGUAAUAAAGUCUUUAGAAUUGAGGGGAAAUAAAGAACUUAUUCCGAGGUAAAUUUCUCAAAUUCAUUUGUGACGUUUGCAUUUGCUUAGAGCUGUAUUACUUAAGGUAUCCAUCUAUUCUCCGGCACUAGACAUUGGGAACCAGAAACUUAUGACUAUAUACACCAAACCCUCGGUACGAACUGACCUUUUGUUUUUAUUUCUGACCGUUAACAUAUCGCUUUGGGAGAGUGGUUUGGCACAUGUCCCAUCCAACACUUCGGUUGAUGCUAGUUCAAAACGUCUUGCACUGGCUUGUCGUUUUCGAUAAGAAAUAUAUAGCUAGGUUUAAUAUUGCUUACCUGAUCGCUUCAUCAUUUCCUAAUGCCGUAUCGACAUUCAUAGUGACAUGUCUAAUUAAUUACUUUCUUAACCAUCUGUCAAUUAUUGUCUUUAGGUAUGACAUGCACUAUCCUCCUAAAUACAGAGUAAUUCUCCAAGACUGGUGGGAGCCUUUAUCUAGAUUCGUUGUGGUGAGCUGUUAGAAAUAAACGAAAAGCUCCUUUAUUUGAGUUGGUGCUGGUGGGAUGACAGAUAAAACCAGUCUACGAAUAUUGAAAACUAGAGCAGCCUAUGGCAGUCUGGGCCAUCUUUGGCGCCGUGGUAAUGUUAGUCUGGUUACAAAACCUUGGGUUUACAACACCUCGAUGAGAGCAGUUUUGUUCUGUGUCUGUGAAACCUGUUCUCCAGACUUUGAUGUUAGGCAACUCUCUGUGUUCGAUUAUCUUUAUCUCUUAAGGAUUACUUACUUUCAGUGGUAACAUCAAGUUAGUAAUACUGAGCUUCAGCAAUGUGUGUUCAGGGUUAGUAAAGAUAGUUUGGUUAGUGUCAUCAACUCGGGACACCAACUUCAGUGGCUUAAACGUAUUCUGUGAAUGUCACUCUAGACUUCUACAUCAAACUGCUUUCCGAUACUAAAAUAGGGUAAAAAAUUUAGGAGGAACUUUACUUUAUGAUAUUUCCCCAGUGUGUGAUAGGAAGCUGUUGAUCUACAUAUCUCUUUACAACACAGCACCUAUUAAAGUGCUUCUGUAGUUUCCUCCUACUUAAAACUAAGAGAAACUCCCCCAAGAGGUUUCUUGGUUGUAUUGUUAACCAAAGUGUAUUCCCUAUUAUUCUUGUUUGUUCUUUUUUGACUGUACUCCCUUUCCAUCUUUUAUUUCUGUAAUUAGAAAUUGCAGUUCAAUCGAUAUCACUUGAUAAUAUUCAUCAAUAGGAACCGUAAAAUAUUUCUCUAUUCCAAGUGCACUAUUCUGUCUACGCCUAGCGUCCUAAGCAUUGGCUAACGAUUCUCUUCUACCAAAAUCAAUAUUGAGUUGAGGCUCAGAUAGUUUUAAAUCCUGAUUGUCAGGAUCAAUACCAGCGAGGUUGAGUUAAUAAUAGUAUCAGUAAUAGUAAAAACACUCAACAUAGGAGAUAUAGUUCACAAAACACGCAAUAAAAAGCAUGAAAUAGAUUUAGAAAUUGAAUCAAAAUGAAGUGAAUAAUGCGUCAGUGUAGAUGAUUCUGAGUCAUCACGCAACAAUCAGCCACUGUCAUCGUAUGAACAGCAUCCAUUCAUCCUGCAGCUACCGAUUACCAUUCAGACCAAUAGUCACUAAUUUUGCAAACUGAUAUUUCUUCCUUUGAUUACCCUGGCCUCAUUCCAACCUAUGCUAGGCAGCAUUCGGUAUUGAGAGAGGUGGUGAAUAACGCGUAAAAUAUGUUCUACCUCCCCAGAAUGAUAGAUGUUUAGUCUCACCAACCAUUUUCCUUUAUAUACGCCAAGCCUUAGCGUUGUUCACUUUGUUGCUCCAUCACAUAUAAGCGACGGUUUGAAGUUGUUUGUCACUUUCAGGUCGUGGAAUAUGAUUACAGUUUAGUGAAGGCACAUAUACCUGUGUCCGGGAAUCUACCAGAAGGUCAAUAUAGUUGAUACAUCCAUUUGUAGGUCUGAGACCUUGGUUUUCCUUAAUUAUCAUGUAUAGUCCUACUAGUUGUAUGUCAUUAAAUUACGUGGUAAUGCUUUUAUGAAAAAUGAUAAUAUCGUAGUGCUGUUACUACUAUUCGUAUGCACCCAGUAUGUAUCACCUCUUAAAAUCAGGUAAGUAGCAUGAAAAAUCACUUGGUAUAUUACAUUUCCUGACCUUUAAAAUGGUAUCUUAAAGUUCGACGUUUUUGUAUUUCGUUAAAUAAAUUAAGAGACUUCUUUCUUGUCCUAACGUAGUUCUAAUUUCAUCCUACUGUUUUCAGAUCAAUGAAAUUCCGAAAGUCGAUCAAAAACUAUUAAAUAAUCUUCAAGCUAUGGGUUUGUUUGAGCUGACACCCGUUCAAAAACAUGCCAUUGGGAUUAUGUCAGUUGAUGAAUAUGAGGAGGUUGAUGUUAAAAUAGAUGAGUUCAAUCAAAGUACAGAUGAUAAUCCUCCUUAUGAACGUGUCACUGGUAAAUUUGAUUUAAUGGCAGCUGCACAAACUGGUUCGGGUAAAACACUAGCUUAUCUUAUUCCAAUUUUCAAUCGUUUGUUGAGAGUUUAUCCAUUUGAAGCGAUGCAAUCUUUGCUCAUCUCUCGUACACGACGCCAGUAUCCCUCAUCUGUAAUUUUGGUACCAACUCGUGAGUUAGUCCAACAAAUACAGUUAGAACUACGUAAAUUAUGUAACCAAACCUUCGUUCGAUCAGUAGGUGUAUUUGGUGGUGAACGACCAGAACGACAGAUGUUUGAAUUGAAUAAGGGAUGCCAUUUUGUAGUUGCAACUCCUGGAAGACUUUUGGAUUUCUUGAACCGUGACUGUAUAUCCUUAAAAUUCUGCAGAUCUUUAAUACUUGACGAGGCAGACCGAAUGCUAGAUAUGGGUUUUGAAGAGCAAAUACGUCAAAUUUUAGAGUCACCAAAAUUUCAAAUGCCUCCACCAACAGGGAAUGGUCGUCAAACUGCAUUAUUCAGUGCGACAUAUCCACGUGAGGUUGCUCUUUUAGCCAAAGAUUUUCUGCGCGGUCCAAACUGUAUUUCUCUUACACUCAGCAGUGCUGAAUCUAAUACUGGCACUAUAGUCCCUACGUGGGGAAAAGCAGUUCGUAAUAAAAAUGAAGAUGAAUUUGAACGACUUACACGAAUAAUUCCCAAAGAAAUUAAUCAGCAGUUCCAAGUGGUUGUCGGUAAUCCUGAAUCCGCUGUUCCGAAUCAUCUUUUACAGUUAAUUCUAGAAAUGAAAUCUAAAAGUUUGGAAAGUGUUUGUCGAGUUCUUGUAUUCUGUAAUACCAAAAGGGAAGUUGAUCAAAUUGAUAAUUAUCUUUAUUCUAACGGCAUAAAAUCGACCUCUAUUCAUGGUGAUAAAACUCAGUCUUCUCGUGCAAAAUCCUUAGAUCUAUUCCGUAAAGGAACAGCGAAUGUUCUUGUCGCUUCAUCGGUUGCUGCUCGAGGUAUUGAUAUACCCAAUGUUUUUGCAGUUAUUAAUAUUGGUCUCCCAAAUGAAUUAGAUGAUUAUGUUCAUCGAAUAGGACGAACUGGUCGUAUGGGUAAAUCUGGUGAGGCUAUAACACUUAUUCAUGAAACCUUGUUACAACAACAACAAUCAAGCAGAACAGUAUCACGUGGGAUUUGCCAACUUUUCGAAUCUGUUGGUAAUUUAGAUAAAGUCCCAAAAUUAUUGUUGGAAUAUGCCAAUAUGGAAACUCAAGAAGGGGGAGAACAAAAAUACAAUAUUCGUUCAAAAAAUAAAGACAUUUAUUCGAAAUUUAAGCCUCGUUCAUUCACAAAAGGUUAUAAAAGUUAUUCACGUGAUGAUAGUUCGAUGCGAUAUUUGUAAAUAAACAUUAUAAUUCAGUCUAGCAAUAUGUAAUAUAAACAUAAUUCACAUGUAUAAUUAUAUUUGUCUUCAUUUUUUAUGCCGGGAAAAAAGUAUUGCUUAAUAUAUCAUCACAAGUAUGAAAUCCGAGGACAAUCUUCACAUAAUGCCAGGACAUCGGAACUCCAGAUGUGUUGGUUAAAUCGUUUGUAAUAUUUCUGGUUCGCUUUAUACUUUUGGAAUUCUGACCGAUUCUAUUUGUUGUAUACGAGUUCCUAACAAGUCAUUACAAAUGGAAUAUAUCGUAACUGCUUACAUCGUACAGUCUAU